AUGCGUGUCUGGGAGCGUGGAGCAGGAGCGACUUUGGCAUGUGGAACUGGAGCUUGUGCGCUAGUUGUAGCAGCAGUCCUUGAAGGUCGAGCCAACAGGAAAUGCACGGUGGAUCUGCCGGGGGGACCAUUGGAGAUAAGAGUGGAAGCAAGAAGACAGCCAUAUCUACAUGACGGGUCCUGUAGAAGCUGUCUUCUACGGAUCAGCGCUGGUCUAAAGAGGUUCCUUCACGGUCUAUGAACUUGUCUCUCACCACUGUUGUUGUUGUUCUUUUGGGAUCUGAGUGUUGUUCUUUAGAUGCCUUAAUCAUGGAUAUUUUUUCAUGUACUUACAUUGUAUUGAGCAACGGCUAGUCCCAACAAACUCAAAGUAAGUACGAUGAUGUUU